AUGCAUAGCAGGGAUCCUGCUCACACUACACUGGACCAGCAGGAAUCCUGCUCACACUACACUGGACCAGCAGGGAUCCUGCUCACACUACACUGGACCUGCAGGGAUCCUGCUCACACUACACUGGACCAGCAGGGAUCCUGCUCACACUACACUGGACCAGCAGGGAUCCUGCUCACACUACACUGGACCAGCAGGGAUCCUGCUCACACUACACUGGACCAGCAGGGAUCCUGCUCACACUACACAGGACCAGCAGGGAUCCUGCUUACACUACACUGGACCUGCAGGGAUCCUGCUCACACUACACUGGACCUGCAGGGAUCCUGCUCACACUACACUGGACCUGCAGGGAUCCUGCUCACACUACAUUGGACCAGCAGGAACCCUGCUCACACUACACUGGACCUGCAGGGAUCCUGCUCACACUACACUGGACCUGCAGGGAUCCUGCUCACAUUACACUGGACCAGCAGGAAUCCUGCUCACACUACACUGGACCUGCAGGGAUCCUGUUCACACUACACUGGACCAGCAGGGAUCCUGCUCACAGUACACUGGACCAGCAGGGAUCCUGCUCACACUACUCUGGACCAGCAGGGAUCCUGCUCACACUACUCUGGACCUGCAGGGAUCCUGCUCACACUACACUGGACCAGCAGGGAUCCUGCUCACACUACACUGGACCAGCAGGGAUCCUGCUCACACUACACUGGACCUGCAGGGAUCCUGCUCACACUACACUGGACCUGCAGGGAUCCUGCUCACACUACACUGGACCAGCAGGGAUCCUGCUCACACUACACUGGACCAGCAGGGAUCCUGCUCACACUACGCUGGACCUGCAGGGAUCCUGCUCACACUACACUGGACCAGCAGGGAUCCUGCUCACACUACACUGGACCAGCAGGGAUCCUGCUCACACUACACUGGACUAGCAGGAAUCCUGCUCACACUACACUGGGCCUGCAGGGAUCCUGCUCACACUACACUGGGCCAGCAGGGAUCCUGCUCACACUACACUGGACCAGCAGGAAUCCUGCUCACACUACACUGGGCCUGCAGGGAUCCUGCUCACACUACACUGGGCCAGCAGGGAUCCUGCUCACACUACACUGGGCCAGCAGGGAUCCUGCUCACACUACACAGAACCUGCAGGAAUCCUGCUCACACUACACUGGACCAGCAGGGAUCCUGCUCACACUACACUGGACCAGCAGGGAUCCUGCUCACACUACACUGGACCAGCAGGGAUCCUGCUCACACUACACGGGACCACCAGGAAUGAUGCUCACACUACACUGGACCAGCAGGAACCCUGCUCACACUACACUGGACCUGCAGGGAUCCUGCUCACACUACACUGGACCUGCAGGAAUCCUGCUCACACUACACUGGACCAGCAGGGAUCCUGCUCACACUACACUAGGCGAGCAGGGAAUGUAA